AGUUUGCGACGUUGUAGUCACUCGUUGGUCAAGUAUCGGCAGUGCAGUCCGUUCUGGCAUAUUUAUCGUAAAUAUAACCUGUUUCCACGUGGCGAAAAGUUAACACACCACUGCCAGAAAGCUCCCCACACAAUGAUAUAACAUUGAAUGAUAUUUAAUAGACGAGAUAAAUGAACAGUGACACUUUACUGUGCUCAAUUUUAUAAUGGAGAAGGCACAUACUGGAGUGCAUAAUUCAGAAUCUAAUCUCAUAGUCUCAUGUGUCGAUACUGACAUUGAUGAACUGUCGAAAGAGAAAGAAGAAGAAUUAUUAUUUGGUGCGGAAGAAGAAGGAGACGAUGAAGAUACACUGUCCGAUGAUAGUUUGCGCUUGAGAUUAUCUGACGACGAUGAUAUUGAGCGAGAAGACGCUACAAGAAAUGAUAUAAAUACCGCGAAAUUAAAGCUAAAAAGUAAAACAACUGAUACAAUCGUAGAGAAGACAUUGUGCUCUGACGUGCAGCAGUCUGUGGAAGUUUCCAAGCAUUGUGAUGAUGAAGAAGCAGUAGAGGAGGAGCAUAAUACAGCAAUUAACGUCCCAGAAAAUUCAGCCUUACCCUUAGAUGAAUGUACAUCCGAAAAUAAGCAAAUACAAGAUAGUACACAUAAUUCGGAAAAUACCAAUGCAAUUAUUAAUGAAUCUAAUGAAAAGUGUACGUUAGAAUCUAACAUAAAUUUAACAAUUACUGAUGUAAACGAUGCACGUUUUAGUGCAGCUAUUGAACAACAUACAGCAUUAGAAAAUGAUAAUUUAUUUACAAAUAAUCGUGUACAGACAAAUGUUCGAGACGCAGAACUGACAAUUCAGAAUAAAGAAAAUCUAAAAGAGACAGCUAACGAUAGUAAAGAAAUAAUGACAACAGAUUCUUGUGAGUUAAAAAAUAAAGUAGAUAUCAAUAUAGACAGUAAUGAUUCUAGAGAUUCUGCUAAUGUUAAUAUAUCUAAUAGUGAAAAAUCGUCUACGAUUACAAUUAUUUCUAAUAACAAUGAUGAUAAUUUAGGGGACAAAAUUAUAGAUAAAGAUAUUAAAGAUGAUAAUCACUUAUUAAAACGCUCACAAGACGACCUUAAUAAUGGUUCAGAUUGUGUGGAUUUAGUCAAAUCUGAUAAUUCCAAUGAUUCACUAUCUCAUAAAGAUAUUCUUUUACAUAAAAGUAAAAACAAAAAUUCAGAGCCUGCGAACGAAACAGAAGGCAAAAAUGUAUCAAAUAUGUCAAAAGUCACGGACAAGUUGACGAAUACUUCACUGAAACAAAAUCAAAAUAAUUUAUCCAAUGUUGAAGACAACAUGGAAGUAACGAUCGAAGAUGAUGAUAUUGAUAAAUCUGAAACCACAAUUGUAGAUAAGAAAUCGUCUGUAUUACAAGAUAUAUUAUUAUCACCUAUCAGUGCGGAUAAUUCUAAUAAGUCUAAUAAUGGAACUAAAAACGAUCAAACGGUUGUAUCAAGGAAAAAACGAAUUAGAAAAACAAUUGAUACCGUACAAAAUCAUGAAGAUAAACAAGAAGAAAGGGAGAGUGGACGACAAAAACGAAAAACUGCUAAAAAUGCGGAAGAAAUAAUCAGGAAAAAGUAUCUUAAUAGCGAUAGUGAUUCUAACGAUAGUACAGAACUUAUAACAGUAAAUCACAAGCUGAAAAAGGAUAUACGUCCUGCAUCACCUCCUUCGUUAAAACGUAGCUCGGAAAACGAAGUUUGUAAUGGUAAUAUCAAGAAACUGAGGAUGAACUCGGAGGAAAAAAAAGAUAUCACACAAUUAUCCUUCAUUGAGAAAUUUUUUCGGAGGGAUCUUAAAGCAAAAUUACCAAAACUUACACAAGAGGAACUGGAGGAGCUUCUGAUUCAAAAAAUUGUCGAAACGAUCACGAUGCGCAGUGAAAUUGGACAUCUUAGAGAACAAGCUCGCCUAUCCGAAAAAUAUCAAGAAAUAACGCGUACAAGGAUGCAGCAAUUGAUGAAGCAAGUGAAGGACUUCAAGAUGGUUCUGGAGCGCAAUGAGAUAGAUCGUCGUGCGAAUCCCGACAAAUCUGUGGCGCCUAUAAAGAUAAACAGAUCCGUCGGCUUACAAGUUAACUUUAUAACGGAACAUGGAGUACAGAACUUGCGGCAAGCCACGAAUCUCAAGUCUGUAACUACAAACAAUACAAAUGCCACAAACACCACAAACACUACAAACACCACGAGCACCACAAAUACAGCAAAUACAACAAACGCCACGAAUGCUACGAAUGCUACGAACAAUUCUACAUCUACUGAGACGACGAAUAACAUUGCGAUAAGUCCAAGACGCGGAAUCAAAAUAAGAUCACCAGUAGUGAGCCGGCCUGUAGUGACUAUGACUACUCCUAUAGUCACUCAAACCUCUGUCCAAACGACGGUAAUUCCCACUGUGACACCUGCAGCCUUAGUUGUUGCUAAACCAUUGGACCCUCCCGCGUUAACGUUGUCCACUCAGUCUACUAGCAAUCUUCAACCAAUCUUGCCUGCUCCGCAACAGCAGAUUCAGUCGCAAUCACAUCAGACUAUUGUUCUAAAUGGCAAAAUACAAAAUCAAGUAAAUCGGCCGCCAUUGAUAGCUCCAAAACCAAGAAACGAUUUUAUUGAUCUUACGGAUGAGGAGGAAAAAAAUAAAUCAAAUGCGAAAGUUACUACAACUGCAACUUCUAUAAUAGAAUCAUCAACCUUAAAUGUAACAUCGAAACCUGUUCAAUCCUUCCAAAGAGUAAUACAAGCAAUUCCGGCAAAUGUCGCAAUUGCGACGACGCAACCAGCUAGUAUAAAAGUGAUAGCAACUAAUCAGCCGUCAGCACAAACCCUCGUUAAUAAUGUGAAUCCUCCCAGAGUGGCGUACGUAAUGCAAAGUGGCACGGGUUCUCCAAGACAAGUACUAAUAGCCAAUACUAAUCAGCAAGUACAGAUACGGCCGGUGAACGCACCUAAUAAUAAAUCACCGUUUUCAACUGUUACAUAUAAGACAGGAAUAUCAACAAUCACGAAUGGUGCUGUACGUGUAUUAGCCACGCCAGUUCUAUCGAAUAUACAGAUAAGUAAGCAUCCAGCGGCACUGCCAGACAUUCCAAGUUAUGCGGUAACGCCUGGUUGGAAACUGCCACCACCUGCGCCAUCGUUAAAGAUCUCAAAAGUCUCGAAUGGCAUAGUGUUAUCUUGGAACAUGACUCUAUCGGAUAAAUAUGCUGAUAUCGCCAGUUAUCAAUUGUAUGCAUACCAAGAAGUCGCUGGUGUGAAUCCUAGCACAUCACUGUGGAAAAAGGUGGGAGAUGUGCGUGCACUGCCACUUCCUAUGGCAUGUACUUUGACUCAGUUUUCUGAGGGUAACAAUUAUUACUUUGCGGUCAGAGCAGUUGAUACACAUUCUAGAAAGGGGCAGUACAGUUUACCUGGCAACAUCUCUUUGUAAAGGAGCACUAUUAAGUUGUCGAGAUUUUCAUUCAUUUUUUGUUUCUUCUUUAUUUCUUUUACGUUUAAUGCGUAUUGUGAUAAAAAUAGUCUGUAGAUAAUGUUUCAUAAUAACACGAUAUACUACAACAAUCUCUUUUGACGAUUAAUGUAACUAAUUUCAAAAUUUUUUUUUUUUUUUGGACAUGCGUGACUACUGAUCGCAGAUGUGGUAGCCAUUGCUUCCAUUAAUUACCCAUCUAAAUGCUUCCAAUUUCACACAUAAUUUAUUGUACAUAAUUUCCAACUUAUAAUGAUAAUAUAUAAAUUCUCUUUUUUAAAUUUCUUUUAACAGAUAAAUUUUCAUACAUUCUUUUAGGGCAAAAUAUUGAUAUUACAAUGUAAUUGUAAUUUCUUAAAAACAUUUUAAUGAUAAAUUCAUGAAAUUAUCUGGACGUGUUUGCGCUCUGGUUUUUAUCAUUUGUAAACAAUAAAUUUUUAGACAGUACACAUGUCAAGACAUAAAACGAUUUAAAGACAUUUUAAAUCGUUUUUAAGACAUCUAAUGUCCCGUUUUUAGUCAUGAUGUUGUCGUUGCACUGUAUAAAAUAGAGAAUUUUAGUAAACAAGAUUUCAUAUACAAUUCAAACAUACAUAAUUCAUAAAUUAGAUAAGUUUUUAGAAAAUUUUGGUUUAUAAGGAAAUGUAUUAUUUGUGGCCAACCGAAAAGUCUAAGUGAUGCACUAAAUUAUUUGCAAUCAGUAUCAUUGAAUACUAUUUUAUUGGGUGCUUGGUAUUUCCAACCACCGUAUUUUUUAAUAUAAUAUUUUCCAGUAAUUACGAGGCGAUCGUUACUCUGGAUAAUAUAAUUUGCUCAAUUUUUUACACCAAAAUUCCGGUGAAUAUUUAUAACGCUAAUGUAUGUCAUAGAGAAUUCUCUUUUUAUAUACGAGAAACGCAUUAAUUAAAUCGUUUGUGUGUAAAUAAUAAUGUGUGUACAUACUUAUACAGGAUGGUUCCUAAAUAUUUAAAAAAUUUUAAGGGGUGAUUUCUUAUAUUAAUUCAAGAUGAAAACAUGAUUAUGUCCGAAACUUAGUUUCAAAAAUUGUUGGGAUUGCUUCUGAUUGAAUAAAAAAUGUACGACCUAAAAAAUAAGCCUUUAGUUCCUUGAAACAUACAAAGAGUCGAUUUUACGCUAUUAACUUAAUCGACUGAUUUUUAUAUUGUAAUUAACCAAUCGCAUUUGUCGGUAGAAUUGAUCAAAAAUACCUAAUCACGGUUGACACUUAACCGGUCGAUUCAAGUUAAUGACGUUGCUGAAACCGAUCAAAAGUUUUAUCAAAAUAACUUGAGAGGUUUUCGAAUUUUUUUUUAAAAACAAAAUUUUCUCUCAACUUUGAUACUUUGUAUUUUUGAAACUAAGUUGUUUCGGAUGUAUGGUUAUAUGAAGUUUUCAUUUUUAAUUAAUGUGAGGAAUUGGUUUUAAAAAUUUUUUAGAAUACUUAAGGAUCAGCCUAUAUAUAUUAUAUGUCUUCGUUAUAUAUAGAACGUGAACGUUUUCAAUUCUGAUUAAAAAUAAAUAAUAAACUUCAUAACUCAUGUAAUAAACUAAAUAGUUAAAUUAAUCAUCUCUUUUGUAUCUAAACAGUAUGAACACAAUAAACUUUUCAACUCUAAUUAA